AUGGAUUUGCGCCCGUCACCUUGGCCUUCCGGCCUCGCCUAUAGUCCUCCAUCCCUUCUGCUCGCUAAACAGCUGCAAGUACACUCUCGCCUGCCGAACGUAUCCAACAGCGUUAUUCCUUGUAGUGUCUCAAUGAAGCCGAAUCCGGGAGUAGACGGCCGAAUUCGCAAUGAAUACCUCACUGGGCUAAGCAAGGGACAGAGAGAUCGCCAGUCUCCCCAAACCCAAAGCCUCCUCAACGUAUUAGAAGUAACCGAGCGCCUCUCAGAUGCGACGUGA